ACCUGGAUCAACAAAACAUUUGUAGACGCACUAGGCGGCUCACCACUGGCGCACGGACCGUUGAGGAUACGGGCAGAAGAUGGCUGACUUAGCCGGGCACCUCAAGCCCUCGGCGGCAUCACCAGCAGCGUCACGCGGGCCGCUGAAAAGCUGCAAGACAUCCGCCGUCUGGAGACUGUAAACAGCUGCCUCUCUUCUCUCACCCCCCUCCUCACCCCCCCUCCUCAACCGCAAAUAUUGACAGAAGUAUCUCAGAGGGAACAUGGCAGAGAUGGAAAAAGAGGGCAGACCUCCGGAAAAUAAAAGAAGCCGAAAGCCAGCGCACCCGGUGAAAAGGGAAAUAAAUGAGGAGAUGAAGAGCUUUGCAGAGAACACCAUGAACGAGCUGCUGGGCUGGUACGGCUACGACAAGGUGGAGCUGCGAGACUCUGACAACCUGGAGAUGGGAGAGACGCCACAGCACAUCUCUGUCCUCAAAGAAAACUUGUUGCCAAAAAUCCCAGCCUCAACAGAGAGCGGUGAAGGCUCUCCGGAUGGAGCCAACAGCUCCCACUGUCUGCCAGGCUCCAGGAACGGAGUCACAGAGCCCUCCACCACCCCCUCCACCUCCAUGCCCGGCACCAAGGAACAUGGCAACAUGCCCGGCACCAAGGAACAUGGCAACAUGCCCAUCAUUGUCCCCAUGAUCCCCCCGCCACUGAUCAAGCCUCCCUCAGAUGAAGAUGCAUCCAACAUGCAGAUCCUGUGCGCCUGGUGCCAGAAGGUCGGCGUCAAGCGCUACUCUCUGAGCAUGGGGAGUGAGCUGAAAAGUUUCUGCAGCGAGAAGUGCUUUGCUGCCUGCCGUAGAGCCUAUUUCAAGAGAAACAAGCUGGGAUAUAUAAGGAAUUACGCUGCAAGAGACGACGAUGGCCUCGGUGGGAAAUUACCCCAGCACAGCUUUACUCAGGACACGCCCAGGCUUGUCUUCAAGACAAACAGCGAUGUGCUUGUGUGUGACUGGUGCAAACAUAUCCGCCACACUAAGGAGUACCUGGAUUUUGGUGCUGGUGAGCGGAGGCUGCAGUUCUGCAGUGCCAAAUGCCUGAACCAAUAUAAGAUGGACAUUUUCUACAAGGAGACCCAGGCUGCGCUGCCGGGAGGGUUCUGUAACCCAGGACACGGGGGAGGAGGUGAGGGUAAGAUGGAGUGCGGCGGGGGGGUUCAGCUGCUCACUCCUGAAUCUUGGGGAACGCCGUUAACGGACCUCCGGCGUAAAGCUCCCUCGCCAGGGGGGCCAUCAACAACCUCUGCAAUGGCCCCUUCCACUUCUUCUGCCACCUCCCCCUCAGACUCUGCAGCUGUCUACUCCCCAUCGUCCUUGUCCAAGAUCCCCACACCCAGACUCCACGAGGGCCACACGCUCCACCCUCCGCCUGUUCCCACUUUGCACCCCCCUGUCGGGGUUCCUCCUGGUAGCCCUCCAAUGGUGAUGACACCACGAGGACCCAUGCCCCUGCCCCUGUUCAUGGAGCAUCAAAUGAUGCAGCAGAUGCGUUCACCAUAUCUUCGGCCCUCUGCCCACCCAGGUGGGCCCCAUAGCCCCCUGUCAAACCCUAUGAUCCCUGGUAUUGGUCCACAUCCGAGGACCAUGGGUCCAGCAUCGAGCCCCAUGCACAGGCCUCAGAUGUCUCCACAUGUUUACCCCUCAUCUAACCCCAACCCUGGUAUGAUGCCACCCUACCCCGGUUUCUCCAUGCCAGGCCUCCCCCAUUUUCCCCCAGUCAAUAUGAUGCCCAAUGGACGCAUUCCUAUGCCCCCAAUGAUGAACUAUGGCAUGCCAUCUUUGUCCCCAUUAGUACCCCCGGCAACUCUCUUGAUCCCCUACCCUGUCAUUGUACCCUUACCAGUCCCAAUCCCUAUUCCAAUCCCUAUUCCCUACAACCCUCAGGCUUCUUGGGACAACUCGGAGAGGAGUGGCCCCUUCCGCAGUGCUCCAGAGUCAUCCGAAUGUUCAGCUUCGGGGCCCCACUCUCCAGGUUCCUCUGGAGGGCACAGAGGGGAGCAGAAAGUAGAGCCAUCAGUUCUAGAGCGUCUCUCUCCUGCACACUCGGAGAGGAGCAGGACAGGGAUGGUGGACUUGACUGUGAAGGCAGAGGACAAUUCGGGCAACCUGUGUCCAACCAGCUGCUCCGGACCCAUGGACGGGGUGAUUGAUCUAACUGUGGGCCAGAGGACUUGCCAACAGCAGGUCAUUCAGAGGAUGCUACCAGGGGUCCAGGUCAAAGUAGAGGCAGAGACUGAUUCAAGAUCUCCACCAGCUGCUGGGCUAAGUUGGGAAGGGAAGGGGAGUUGUGACGGGGGAGAAGGGGCCCUCUCACAGAGCUUCCUCAGUGCUACGGAGCUAGAAGGGGCCACACAACCAAACACACUGGAAUCAUCAGGUCCUCCCUCCAGCUAUAGCAGCCCUUCUUGCCAUGAUGACCCACCAGUGAGCCAGCUAAAUCCCUGUAUCUCUAACCAUACCCCACCAUCCUUGCCAAGCACAGCACGGACCCAAUCCCAAACCCCGCCCCACCUCCAAACUAACCCUGCUGCCCUGUGUAAUGUCAUAGUCAAUGGUUCGGGGUGGCAUCCGCUUCUCCCUCCUGCCUUCGAGUCUUACCCUGAGCGAGACAGUGUUGCAGGAGAAGGGGAGGCACAGCCAGCCAACGGUGACCUAGAGCAUGAGGCACUAAAAGAGAACAAUUGCUCGGUUGGAGUUGGAGAUUGGGAGCCGGGGAAGCGGGGCUUAUUGCAAGACGAGAUGGCGGACACAGUGGAGGGUAAGCCGGAUCCUGACUCCAACGCAGAGGAGGGUGAGCAUGCCUACUCCCUGCCGCUGCUGUCCACCGGAGGCUGUGUGGUCAUCCAGCCUGUGCCAAAGCCCGGCGCUGACAAGACGGCCAUCCUGUCCUGCUCCAUCAGUGCCCCUUUAUCAGUGGACGGGAGCCCCGAGCUGGAGCCGCCGCUAAAGAGGAGGUGUCUGCGAAUCCGCAAUCAAAACAAAUGAGAUGGACGCUCUGAGGACCACAGUGCCAUCAACGACACUCACUUGUCCACCCCCCACCUCCAAACCCCACCCCUCCCAGCGACACUACCGCACAUGUACAUGCACACACAUACACUUUUUUCUCGUCCUCGCUCAUCGCCCAGUCUACCAGCACCACAAAUCGCCUUCGACGACUGAUGAGAGUCCAACCAAACAUGUUGAUGAGUAUCACAGCAGAGCGCUCUGGACUCAUUUGGUCCGUGUGACAGACGCUCUGAUGGAAUGAACUACAGACUUUGUACUGCAGACAGUAUAAUACUGCAACAAGAGGACUUCACCCCACUGCUUCUCUCCUUAUUUAGAGGCUCUCAGCCCACACUGCCCCUUACACCUAAUCCAGCGUCACCAUCAAAGCAAGAGCUCUUCACAUUGUCUAUAACUACAGAACACACCAGAGGGAUUAAUGAAGGAGCCCCAAAGAGUGACUACCUUAUUUUAAUGAAAUUCUACCAUUUUGUCCAACAUGGUGCCACACCACAAGUAAAUCUCUGAUCCAGUAAGUGUUUGUUUUUUCUCUCUGUCACUAAGGUAUAUACUGAUUUACAAAGUGUAGAUUAUAGAGCCAUAGAGAUGGCAGAAAUAACAGAAAAAUGCAAAAAUGUACUUGUCAAAGUGUUCUGGGUGAUUUUGAGGGGCGAAACAUGAACACGGUUAAUAGGAUGUGACUGAAGGACAAUUAAAAGAGAUGUUUCAAUCAGAAGGCUUAAAAAGUGUCCUUGGACAUUAAAUCACCAAUUUUGUGGAUAAUUAUUCCUACUGAAUGAGCAAACUGGAAGAUAAAUGAUUAACCUUCACCAGCAAGGAAUGGUGUGUGGGCAGAAUCAUACAAUCUCUGACAUGUCCUGUAGCAUCAGUUUGUUUGGUAUUAAACUCCACUUAAUUGACAUAUACAGUACUGUAUGUUGUAACAAAAGAAUGAUACACAGUUGCCAUGAAAAGCAUUCCUACCAUUGACAUUUUCACGCCAUUUGGAAUCUCGCCUGAGUGCUUAAACAGUACGCCAUACCAGUAACCGUAAUGGGCCCCCCUGCUGUUUUUAGAACGUUUCAAGGCUUAAUGCGCCUCGAAAAAGAACCUGGAUUGCAUGGCAAUAUAAAAACUCUGCCAACCUGCAGUGGCUACUUGCUACCGCAGGCUAGUACUUCAUCUUUUUUAUAAUACAUUACCAGUGAUGUUCCUGUAAUGGGCUAGUUUGAAACUGACUGCACUGAAUUUAGAGGGGGCAGAGGAAAGCCAGCUCUUUCAUAAAUAAUUAUUGUGGGACUUAAAGUAACACCACACGUUCUUUUCUACAAUAAACACACUCAAGACAAAUGUUAUGUUUUAAAUAUUUGAGAGAUAUUUAAAAUAUUGCUUCUUGCUUGU